AUGGAGCUCAGCCAGCAGUCAAUCCACGAUGUCAUUCACCCAACAGCAGCAUUCUGCGAUGAGAGUGUCUGGAAGCAGGCUGCCGCAGCGGCUGCCAUCCACGACGCCCGAGAGAUACCGUGGGAAGAGUCCCUGUUGAAUCCCAAGAACCGUAUCGACAGCCUUGAGCCUCUCGAGAAGCCCUUGUGGCGUAUCGAUGGCUGCACUGCAUUUGGAACCCAGUUUUAUGCCGUACCUCUUUUCAUGGAGUCAAUUCCUCCCUUUCGGGUUGACGUCUUCAUUCCUGAGCCAGCGACACUCUCUCCCGAGCUUCGCAACGUCCUCGACAUGGGAGUGGCUUUCUACACGAGAGACGAAUCUCGCAUCUCACAGCUUGGAGUUACUCAGCAUCUGCUCCGGCUGCUUCAACAUUGGACGUCGACCCUGGAGGACCCGCGCCAGAUAUAUCAAAAGAUACCCUUUGGCUCGAGGAUCGUCUUCAACAACUUUCCCAAGGACGUCAGUCAAGCUCAGGUCUCCAUCGCCCCGACGUACUACCUCGAGCGCCAAAUGCUGUCAGUGGCAUCAUUCCAAAAGAUCUGGGGUCCAGAGGUGGAUCUGCCCCAGACAGUUGACAUUCACGACGUCGUGUAUCUGUCACAGUUGCACGACAGCGUCUGUCUGAUCGAGUAUGGGGGGAAAACCUGGAUCUUCAAGGCCUUGACGAGCUACACCAAGUACCUCUACCACGAGCUGCGACAGCUUCUCAUUAUCCAAUCCCACCCCAACGUCAUGGCAAGGCCAGCUCACCUCAUCACAAAGAAAUGCUCCUUUGGCAGCAAGACGGCCGUGCUCGGAUUCACGCUAGAGCUCCACGUUCAUGGCAGCCUGCGUGACCUGAUCCCCUUCUUGCAAGUACACAAUCAGGUAUCGCUGGCGGACAAGGCUAAAUGGUCUGUCCAACUCGCCUCCGCCUUGGUGCACCUUCGUGAGACGUGCGGCGUCUUCUAUCCGGACCUCCGGCUUGACAACAUUGUCCUGACGGGAUCUGGUGAUGUGGUCAUGGUUGAUUUCGAACAGCGUGGCGUAUGGUGCGAGUUUGCAGCACCCGAGGUCAAUGCCAUCGAGUACGUCCGGCUGCUGGCAAUCGACGACGAGAUUCCUUCGGAGAUUAGAGACAAGUAUGCCACCAUCCUGACGAAUAUGCUUCCCGGAUGGGAGGAGAUGGGCCAGGGAGAAGACUACAUCUGGCCGUGCAAGGGGUACAACGUGCCGUGGGCGUGCCUGACCCCCAAAGAACAGGAAGCCUGCGAAGUGUACAUGCUCGGUCGCGUCCUCUGGUGCAUCUUCGAGUCCAGCAGCGCUCCCCAGCGAGCCGCCGUCUGGCUCUCCUACCGCUGGGAGCCCCUGGUCGAAUUCCCCGGCUACACCCGCACACCACCCGCGAUGCGAGAUCUCAUCGAUCGCUGCACCCGCGGCCGCCAAGCUGGGCUUACUAGGCUCAUCGUCCGCCGCAGAGACAAGCUGGUGCUCCGAGAGUUUGAAAACACGGGAGAAUCCACGGCGCAAGACGUCCAGAAUGUGGCGCGCGACUGGUGGGCGAGGGAGAUUGCAGACUCUGAGGCGUGGCUCCAGGAACGUGCUGAGGGCAUGGAGAGGGGCGACUGGAACGAGAACUACUAUGAUCGGCCUACGCUGCGCGAGGUUUACGACGAGCUUGAGAAAUUUCGCAAGGACAACACUUUGGGCUAA